UCUACAGCUAGUUUGCCUCUGCUGGUUUCACUGCCGGGUACGAUCAUCGGACACUACAUGACAGCAGUGUGCGGUCCCAAGAGUAUUCUGACAAUCAUUCUGCUGCCAACGAUUGCGAGUUGGCUCAUGGUGGCACUGGGCAACACCUGCACACUUUUCUUCAUUUCCCGCACGAUUCUCGGCAUCUGCGGCGGCAUUGCCAUGCCCAUCGGGCAAACGUAUUUGGCGGAGAUUUCCUCGCCGAAAACCCGAGGUUUUAUAUCGUCUACGUCUAUAUUGGCUGCGAUGACGUUUGGGCUGCUGGAAAGCAUAGCUGCGUGUCUUGUGUCUUGGAGAGCUUUAGCGUGGACAAACGCUGCACUGGUGAUGCUGCAUUUGCCUUUUGCAUUCUUCUCGCCAGAAUCGCCUGUUUGGCUGCUCAAGAACGACGCAGAUGAAGCCGCCAAACGAGGAUUACAGUUCAUCAGACGGACAAAGCAUGUCGAUGCGGAAUUGAAAGAUAUCAAAAGCCAUAUUUCUGACACCGAAGAACAAGCCGCCGGGAAUUCGAGCGAUCUUCUUCAUUGGACAUAUUUGAAACCGGUCCUUCUGUUGCUGGUUUUCAUGGCUUUGCGACAAUUCAGUGGCGCCUUCGUCGUCAUUUCCUACACUGUCAUUAUUUUUGAAUCGGUCGGACACGGAAUCCUGGACCCUAAGGUGUCCACAGUGAUUCUCUAUUCCGUGCAACUGCUAUUGAACCUGAUGUCGAAUGGUUUAACUGACACUAUCGGACGUAAAAAGCUCAUCAUCGCGUCAUCACUCAUCAUGACCGCGUCGCACAUCUCCUUCGGAACUUUUUAUUAUCUCAACGAGUUGGAUUUUUCGAAGAUGAGACCGUACAACUGGGUGCCCUUGAUUUCCUUGAUUGGUUUCUUCGUCGGAUUUUCGAUCGGUUUCGCAUCCAUACCUUUCGUUUUCAUGACCGAGCUCCUGCCAUUGAGAAUCCGAAGUUGUGGAUCAUCUCUAAUAUCAUUUUGGAACAAUAUCUUGUCUUUCAUUGUUGUGCAAUUUUACCACAGGAUGAAGACAGAAAUGACGGACGCCGGUUUGUUCUGGUUCUAUGGCUCAGUUUGCUUGUUUGCAGCACUGUUCUGUGCAUUGUGCUUACCGGAAACGAAGGGGAUAUGUUUGCGACAAUUGGAAAGAGAGCUGUCGAAAAAAUCGACUUCUACUCUCACGUCAUGAUAGCAUUUCAAAAAAUUUCCGACGAGGCUUUCGUGAUGAAGGAGGUUGCUCUUGUGGUUCAAAAUUUGUACAAAAAAAAAGAAAAAAAAUGAAAACAAAGAAAAGGGAUCACGAUGCGAAACUUUGCCAAUGAAGAGGAAGAACUUUGUCAUCUCGACUUGACAAUAACUCAUUGCUCUCAUAAAUUCUUGUCUGUAUAUUUGCUUCUAGAAGCGAAAAUACAAUUCGCUUCCAUUGGAUCAAUGUAGUGGUUAAAGUUCAACUGCGUGACAAAUCGAAAUUUAUGUUAAAAUGGACUACAGUAUUGUCAAACAAUAAAAACCUAAAAAUGUUCAGACUUGUUUGGUAGACGGACAUUCAUUCAUAUGUGGGUUCUGAUGCUCGUGGAUGUUUAACAUUGGUUCGUUUUUCUUUUAUUUUGCUUUUUCCUCCUUUCGAGAUGACAUUCUGUAUUGAGGAGGGUUUGAAUUAGAUCCCAUGCAGACUUGUUUUUAAUUGAAGUACAGUAAUGAAUCAUCUCUACUGAUUCCUAUUUUUCAUUAGAAAAAAAUCAGGAUUGAUUUUUAAAAUCGUAAACAUUAAAAUCAACUCCUCGGAUAAGGCGCUUCAAGUUUGCUUAAAGAAAUAUUUUUGAAAACCAAAAACCGUGGAUUUCCUGUACACUCGAGACAACACUUUCCCCAUUUCACACGUAAUAUGUGUGACGAACACUUCCCAGAAUCUAAAAAAAUUGCGCUGGCCAUUUCAGAUGAAUCAUAAUUAGCCCAUAUGGACCCUGUCGAACCUCAAUGUUUUCUGUGAAAAAGGAGCAUAUUUUAUAUCAUUUAUACCUAUUUUAGAAUAGACUCUCCCAAGAACUUUUCAUGCCGGGACGAUUCGUAUUUUUCCCCAGUCCUACAGGAAAAAACGGGCUCGGGGAAAAUCCCGAGAAAAGAAUGACAGCGUAACCACAGGAUGCGACGAAGGGACGGGUUGAUUUUUGUAUGAUAAAACCUGUUUGUUGGGAGAACCCGGGGAUGCUGGCCGCUGGUCAGUUACCCUCAAGCAGGUAUUCCCCAGCAGCAGCAGCAGCUUCAUCAGAUUCAUUUUUCUUCAGCUUUUUUCCGUUGUCAAAGGAAAGUAACGUUUGCGAAACGCAUCAUAUCGAUCUCAUCAUCUAGGGAUGGUUUCCAAAUGCAUCAUAAAUUUUGCUUAUCAUUCUCCUCGGAAUCAGCAAAAUACUGCGAUCAAAUUUUCGUUUUCGCAAUCGACCCCGAUGAACCGAAUUUUCCAAAAAAUGCUCAAGAGAAUGUGUUUAGAUGUUGCUUUUGAUCGACGGUAAAUCGUACUCAAAAUAAGCUAACAAAGUAGCAGAAAUAUUUCCAAGGAUUUGGCAAGGGGCCCACAAAAAAGUUUCAAUUGAACGAAUUCAAUUGGUUAUUUACUUCUCUCUGAAUAUCAUCACUUCACACUUGUAUGCUCUUCUCCUUCCCGAGUCCAAACAGAUAUAACUCAAGGGCUUUCAAAAAUUAUGCUUCUAUAGUGGUUUGAAGGAGCAAUUUUGUAAGUUAUACGUAGAUCCGCAUUAGGUUGUUCCAAAGAUUCCAGCAUUGAAUAGGGAGAAAAUGAAAAUUUGUCGUACGCAGGAGGUUUCUGGAAUGAUUGAUUGUAGAAAUUAAAUUUUAUGCCCGAGGUUUGUGUGAGCUCAGAAAACCGUUGGCGUACUUCUGGGUCCAAGCAGAAUGGAGUUGUUUUGCAUGGUUGAACCAAACGCCAGAAAUGCUCUUAUCUUUGAGAUGGGUUACUGGAUGACUCAAUUAUCCCCAAAAAUAUAAUUAGCUUUCGAAAGUUUGUGAUCAUCGUAACUUUUUGGUAGCUUCAGUGCGAUAUUCAUAACUGAAGUACAGUACUUCAAAAGGGAACAGUACUUCAUCAGCGAAGACAAAAUUGUCUUUGCUGAAUUUUAUAUUUUGGGAUUAUGUGUUGAUCGAGAUGAAGAAGGAACCUUGUCGUUAUUGAUACAAGGUGCGAAUGAAAUUAGAUAAUCACAAGUGAGUGAGCAAAAAUUUCGCUUUCGAGCACAUUUCUACGGAUAUUAAUUCAUGAAAUAGGGAAUAAAUACGGUUUAAUGGAUUUUUAUAUACAAAAUGGUCUAACCUGGUUUUUAACAAGCAGGAAUCUUGCUUUACCCAACAUCAUGCGCGAUGAUGCGAAAACAAAACCAAAUUAAAUGGCAACGAUGAAGCUUGACUUUUUCAAAUGUUUGUCACGAGCCUCGAAGACCCAACAUUUCCAUUACAUUUUUUUAAACAUUUCAAUGGAACUAAGAAAUUUUGUGUCGUGGGCAUUAUUUAUAACGGACGGAAGGCAGAAAUACAGUAUGAAAAA